CAUUCCUUUGGUAUAUAAGCAGCUUGUUUUGUCUGGGGUUGUUCAGAGUUUGUGGUGUCCCCGUUGCUUUAUUGGGCCUUUUGUUGGUUGGCUAAAGAGACUAUCACCAUGGCGAUAUUGACCAUCAUUGUGCUUGUCAGCACAGCUUUUGCUCUGGGAGAUGCUAUGAUACGACCCUGUGAGGAUGCUAGAGAUGCCGCUAAACAUGGCCCACCUGGAGCCUACGUCCCCACGUGUGACGACAAUGGACAAUACACCCCUGAGCAAUGUUCGGGCUCUACAGGUUACUGUUGGUGUGUGACCAGCUACGGACAGAAGAUCCAGGGUACAGAGACCCCACCAGGCACUGCUAUCAACUGCUAGCAACUGUUCCCCCCAAGGUGU